AUGGCCGUGAGAAUUGUUGGAGUGGUUGGGUGCACUGGAACAGGGAAAUCAUGUUUGAGCGAAGAGCUUGCAAAGUUGCUGGGCGCUGAGGUUGUGGAAGGAGACAAGUGUUUCCUUCCCGCUCAUCAGUGCCCUCGGCUAGACCUCACGCACCUGUGGCCCGACGAGGGCGUGCCGCAGGCUCUAGCGAGCAAGAGGGAGGACACUAACCAUCCCGAUGCUCUUGACUGGAGCAAGUUGGAGAAGGAAAUCUCUGCAGGAAGGCGGGCGGCUGAGGAACAGCAGAGGCAGGCAGUGAUUGUUGACAGUUUCCUGCUGCAAUGCCGUGACAUAGUUCGUAGACAUCUUACAGAUAUUGUCUACUUGGAUGAUUCAAACAUGCUGCCUGGAGAGCUUGCAAGGAGGAAAUGGGAGCGAAGUCAUCUGGGGAAAAGAUCCUACAAGGAAAAAGGGGUGUCGUUCGAGGAAUACAAAUUGUACUUCAACGAGUAUGUUUAUAAGCGCUACCUGGAGUUCGGCAGGCCCAGUGACUUGACCGAUGUUAUUGUGCUUGACUGCACGAAGGAACCAAAACAGAAUGCUCUGAUAGCCUUGCAACGGCUGGAGGAGCGAGCCGGUAUGGAGGGUGAUAACAAGGGCAGCCUGUGUACAUGA